AAACAGACAAACUAUCAAAACGGAGCUGAACUACCAUCCUGUUUGCUUAAGAUCUGCAACACUUUCGCCACCCACCACCUCCGGAGCCACCGUACAUUCGCCGCCAUCGAUGUCGAUCUUGAACCAAAUCUUCAAUAGAGGCCUAAUUGGCCCAAAAUGUAAAACAAGCCUAACAUUGGCGAUUUCACGGAUUAAGUUGCUUCAAAAUAAGAGAGAUACGCAGUUGAAGCAAAUGCGCAAGGAAAUCGCUCAGUUUCUUCAAUCUGGGCAAGAGCCUAUUGCAAGGAUACGAGUAGAGCAUAUUAUAAGAGAACAAAACAUAUGGGCUGCAUAUGAGGUCUUGGAGAUGUUUUGUGAGUUCGUUCUUGCACGAGUUCCUAUUAUCGAAAGCCAGAGAGAAUGUCCAUUGGAGUUAAAAGAGGCCGUCGCAAGCAUAAUCUUUGCUGCUCCCAGAUGCUCGGAUUUACCUGAUUUGUUAACUGUUCGAAAUUUGUUUGGCACAAAGUAUGGAAAGGAAUUCAUAUCAGCUGCCUCUGAGGCUCGCCCUGAUACUGGCGUCAACCGUACAAUAAUUGAGAAACUUUCUGUCUAUGCUCCCUCUGGUGAGAUGAAGCUAAAUACGUUGAAAGAAAUUGCACAUGAAUACAAUGUUUUUUGGGAUUCUUCUAAAACUGAAGCUGAAUUCAAGAAAAUGCCCGAGGAUCUUCUGAAUGGACCAAAGCAAAUAUCAACUGUUAGUGCACAAAUCCCAGUGAGUCAUAAAGAAUCUCCCAAAGCUGCACAUCACCCACCAUCAAUUGGCAGCCCACAGGGACCCGUCCAGCCCCUUCAACCUCCCAAGACUACUGCAACCAUGAGUCCUACUAAAGCCCUAAAAUCAUCAGCAGAAAGUCAACAGGGAAAGCCGGUUUCAUCAGAGUCACUCGAUGUCUUAGAGAGAGCCCGGGCUGCAAUGGCUGCUGCAGAUCGUGCAUCAGUAGCUGCUCGUGCUGCUGCUCAAUUGGUUAACUCCAAUGUUCAGUUGAUGACACUAGAAUAGUAUAUAACCAAUUCUACAUGAACUUAUGAUCACAAACUGUGAAAUCUCUUUUUUAGUUGUGUGGAGUGCAUGUCUUAGGAGGUAGUUUGUGAUGAAAAAUGCUUGAGCAUCCUGAAUUUGGUAAUAUUGUGUAAAUUUGACUUGUUUUUACAGAUAUAGAUAAUAGUUUUUUGUGUGAA